AUGAAUCCACCUCCACAACCUCAACAACAAGAUAUCACACCCCCUCCUAAUCCUAAUGCUAGUACACCUAGACCUACCCAGUUUCCAUCUCAACCCACACCUAAUCUAAAUAAUAAACCACAACAACAAAAAGUCUAUUCUGCUGAUUCAAAUCUAUAUCCUGCAUUUGAUGUGAGUUUAGGUGAUAUUCACCUAUGUUUAAGAACUACCUUGCCUACUCCUUCCACUCCUCUCAUAAAUGAGCUACCUGAGGAGGAAGAGGAGCAUCCAAAUUUGGCUAAGGAUCUUGAACCAACUCGCCUAUCUAAUCUAGAACCGCCAUUUCCUCAAAGGUUGGAAAUUGUCAAGCAAAAGGAAGAAACCAUCUUUGAAAUUUUGGAUCAAUUGAAACACAUAUUUGUCAACAUACCCUUGUUCCAAGCCAUGAAUGAUGUCCCAAUCUAUGGGAAAGCGAUAAAAGAGGCAUGUCUCAAAAAGCCAAGACGAAAGGCAAAAGAUCCCACUAAUAUUCAUGUGGUAGGCCAAUUGGAAGACAUCAUGCUUGGGAAAGUAAUUGUCCCCAAGUAUGCUGGUAUAGGUAGUCCUAUAUUGGAAGUCAGAAUCAAUGGUAUGCAAAUAAAGAAUUCUUUAAUAGACCUAGGUGCAGAAAUUAAUGUGAUGACAAAGGAGAUCAUGCAACAACUAAAUAUUAUCAAUCAAAGGCCUACUACUACCAUCUUGCAGCUUGUUGAUAGCUCCAUUGUCAAACCUGAUGGUAUUGUGGAAGAUAUAUUGGUUUCUUUAGAUUCAUGGGACUAUCCAGUGGAUUUUAUGACACUCUCUCCUAAAGCCACACUAGGAGGAUAUCCUAUUAUCUUGGGAAGGCCAUGGUUGGCCACAACAAAUGCUUAA